AUGAAGACAGUGUGUGUAACAGGAGCAUCAGGUUUCAUUGCCUCAUGGAUCGUCAAGUUCUUGCUCGAGAGAGGUUAUACAGUCAAGGCAUCCGUUCGUGACCCCAAUGACCCGAAGAAGACGAAGCACUUGAUGUCCCUUGAAGGAGCCAAGGAAAGACUUCACUUGAUUAAAGCAAACUUACUCGAAGAAGGCUCUUUUGACUCUAUAGUCGCUGGUUGUGACGGUGUUUUUCACACUGCAUCCCCAUUUUACCAUGCUGUUAAAGACCCUCAGGCGGAGUUGAUUGAUCCGGCAUUGAAGGGGACACUUAAUGUUCUCCGUUCAGUGGCUAAAGCACCAUCGGUCAAGAGGGUAGUGCUGACGUCAUCCAUAGCUUCAGUCGCAUACAAUGAUACACCUCGCGGCCCUAACACUGUUAUUGAUGAGACUUGGUGGUCCGACCCCGAAUGGUGCGCAAAGGCUAAGAAAUGGUACGUGCUAUCGAAGACGGUAGCGGAGGAGGCCGCAUGGAAGUUCGUGAAAGAGAAAGGUAUCGAUUUGGUGACGAUAUGCCCACCUAUGGUGAUUGGUCCUCUCUUGCAGCCUACCCUCAACACAAGUUGUGAAGCGAUCCUCAACCUCGCUAAUGGUGCUGAGACAUACCCCAAUUCCACUUAUGGGUGGGUGAAUGUGAAAGAUGUUGCAUUAGCUCAUAUUCUUGCCUUUCAGAAUCCUUCUGCCAACGGGAGAUAUCUUACUGUAGAGAGGGUCGCACACUACUCUGAAAUUGUUGAGAUCAUGCGUGAAAUCUAUCCUGAACUUCCUAUUCCGACCAAGUGUGCGGAUGACAAGCCAUUUGCGACCAAGUAUUUAGUCUCAAAAGAAAGGGCACAAUCUUUGGGAAUUAAAUUCAUUCCUGUUGAUCAAGGGCUUAAAGAGACUGUUGAGAGCUUGAAAUCGACAAACUACUUCAAAGUCGCAUCGCUCAAUUGA